GCCUUGCGAGAACAAACGCCUAACAAAAUGUCGAAUCGAGAAAUGUUCUUUUUGGUCAUUUCAACUAUUUUGAUUUACGAAUUACAGUGGAUGGGAGCGAGAGAACUCCCAACGAGUGCCCCAAAAAGGUUUUCAUCAUCGGGCGUGAAUAAGCUAAUGUUGGUGAAUUCUAAAGAAGAAUCAGAAGAUUCUCCGAACUCUGAAGCCGAAGAAGACGAAGAUUGGGAAAGAGAUUCGAUUGAAGAAUCAAAAGAUUCUCCAAGCGAAGAAGAAGCAGAAAAAGAAGACGACACUACUGAAGGAAAUCCUAAAGGGGUAUCGGGCGAAUCUUCGGACUCAGAAGAAGAAGAGGAUGAACCUAGUGAAGACGAUAUUGCCUUGGGAUCAGACGAUUAUCCGGAUUCAGAAUUUGAAGAGAACGAACCCACAGAGGAGGAUUUCGAAGAUGAAUCAGAAGUGGAAGAAGAAGAAGAACCUACUGAAGAGGAUUUUGAUGAAGAGUCAGAAGAUUCAGAGACAGAAGAAGACGAACCAGCUGGUAAAAGAGGUUUUCGGCGCCAUCGAUAUAGAAAUUUUUCUGACAGAAGAUGGAAACUGUGGUUGAGAUUGGUUAUUAUUCGAAGAAAUUCUGGUGAUCGAUUUUUGAAUUCCGUUUGCAACAUUAACGACCGUUCAAGUGAUCUUGGUGGAAAGCAUGGCGGGCGUGAUUCAGACGCUCUGCUCAGACUCAAUAAUCACGAGGCUGGGGAAGCGCGCGAAGAAAUGAUGGCGGCAGUCAAAGUCGAGAAGUAUCUUAAGUGCGCAAUGAAUAGAAUCUUGAAGGUUUACAAUCGCGGAGGAGAAAAAUUUUUCCUUGCUUGGAGAAUCAACACCCUAUUUUCGCAAGGAGCACUGAGGAAUUUGGCAAGAAGACAUAGCUGCGAACAAAGGAAAGUCGAACACUGUCCACGUUCAACUUUUACAUUUCGCACGAUUGAUGGUACAUGCAACAAUAUUCGUAAUCCUUUAUUUGGUUCCGCCCCUGGUCCUCUCAAUCGCCUUGUUCCUGCAAAAUAUUUUGACUUCGAUGGCCUUGACGAACCUAUCGGUUUCCCAGGUCAAGUGAACGUCCCUAAUAUUCCUGCGACGCUCAAAGUAGUUCAACGAUUUAUUAUUCAACAAAAUCAGCCUUCAAGGAGGCCAUUGCCUCACUCUCACUUACUCAUGCAGUUCGGUCAAUUUUUGGAUCAUGACGUUGGUCUUUCACCGGAAAGUCAGUGUUCGGACAAUUGCCAAGGCAUAACAAUCGACGGUUCAGCAGAUGAUUUUGCAGCACCCUGUUAUUCCAUCCAACCGUUUGGAAAUGCCGAGGGCAUUCAUUUUGCAAGAUCAGCUAGUGAAUGUCAAAUAAAGAAUGGCCGUUUCACAAAACGAGAGCAGAUUAAUGUUGACACGUCAUUUGUUGAUGCCUCGCAGGUCUAUGGAUCCGGUAAAACACUUGCGAGAGAUUUGAGAGAUUUGAGAAGCAAAGGGCUUUUGAAAACAACCCCUGGCGUAAAUGGCAAAUUUCUCCCCGAGGAUAGCAUCGAAAGAGAGGGUCCAGCCCGUUUUUGCCAUAAAAUGAAUGGGGGACGUGGAUGUUUCUUAGCUGGUGACAGUCGAACGAAUGAACAAUUAGUACUGACCUCUAUGCAUACAUUGUUUGUUCGGGAACAUAACAGAAUUGCUCGUGCAUUAGGAAGACUGAAUCCCGGCUGGGACGGUGAAAAAAUUUAUCAGGAAACGAGAAAGAUUGUUGGUGCUGUGCUGCAGAAAAUUACAUACCAGGACUUUCUGCCAAUUAUCAUAGGAAACACGCUUCCUCGCUAUCGAGGCUACAACCCAAAUGUCAACCCUGACCUUUUGAACGCAUUCUCCACCGCUGCGUUUAGAUUUGGACACACUUUAAUCCGGCCCACGUUUGAUGUCCUUGAUAAAAAUUUCAAUCCUAAGCAAGGAGUGAGCCCCUUACCAUUAGCCCAUCUUUUUUUCAACACCAGCUUCUUACGUGAUAACGGCAUAGAUGGACUUCUCCUUGGUUUGCUUGCUAAUUCAUCUGAGAAUUUCGAUCAGAAACUUGCCACUCCUUUGCUGAAACAGUUAUUCGAACGUCCAGAUUCUCCAGGAUUAAACCUUGCUGCCUUGAACAUCCAGCGCAGUAGAGAUCACGGGCUACCUGGUUAUAACGCAUACCGACAUGUUUGUGGAUUGAAAAGUGCCACAAGUUUCUGGAGUACACGCAGAGAAAUUCAAAGCCGACUUAAUAGAAUUUGUCUGCGAAGGCUGUACGGGAGUCCUAAAAACGCAGAUUUAUUUGUUGCUGGUCUAGGAGAAGCACCGGCAAAUGGUGGAAUUGUUGGGGCGACGUUUGGGUGCAUCAUUCGGGAGCAAUUCAGACGAUUAAGGGAUGGCGACAGAUUCUUCUACAAAAAAAGUGGAGUGUUCACACCUUGGCAGUUGAGGGAGAUUAACAAGGCUACAAUGUCGAGAAUUAUGUGCGAUAAUUUGAAGAAUAUCGUGUCAGUCCAAAGAAAUGCAUUCUUCGCCGGAAACAGAAACGUUCGUCGUGUAGAGUGUGCCGGAAUACCUCGUAUGAAUCUCAGAGCCUGGAGAAGUGGAGGGACAUCAAGACGUAUCCGGAUCUACAUAAGAAGUGAAGGUUGUAGAGAUCGACGAAGAACCGGCUCUGGUCGCGCAUUUAUUCGAAUCAACGGAAUUGAUUAUUCCAGGCAUUCAAAUGGCUACAAUAUCGUUGUUAUCAACGGGAGGACAGGGCGUGUUGAACAGCGCAGAUCGUUUUUCACCAGAAGUAAUUUUGCUGCCAAUCGCAUGGUUGAUUUUCUCAAAAGCCUACGCUUUCACCGGGGAAAAUUUGUGCUUGUUGCUAUUCAACGCGAUGGUUCCCAAGGAUUGAACUUUCGUGUUCGUAGAGCUUUGAGAGGGAUUGGAGCUGGAGCAAUAUUUCGUAGCCAAUGCUCUUCGUUUGCCCUUAUUGGGAGAAGUGGCGGAAGAGGCCUGGUUGCUCAGGUUCAACGUGGAAGAUGGAGGGGGCCGAGCGUCAUUUCCCGGUACAUUUAUUUGCAGCGUUAAGAGAAAAAGG